AUGGCGGGGGCCGGGGAAGGGCACCGUGGAGUCCGGGGCGCUUCGUUCGCUGGCCGUCUGGGGUCCCGAGUCCCUUCCCCGCCCGACGCCCCCGGCCCUCGGACGCCCGCAGGGAGGCCAGCCCGGCUGUCGCUGCUGUCCCGGCCGGAGGCGCCGCGGGGCUCAGGGGGCUCCAAGCGCCGCGCCCUCGAGGGGGCCGGGCGGAGCAGGCGGCGCCGCCGGCGGGGCGGGAGCAGAGGAGGCCCUCCCCCUUUGGGGCUGCAGCCCGACGGAGCUGCCGGGGGGAGCGGAGAGGGGCGGCGGCAGCAACAAGGGCGGCGGACCAGCCCCCCCCCCCCAAAAGCAGAGGGGCGCGGGCGGGGUCUCGGAGCCCCCUCCCCCUCGGGCCACUCUUUGUCCCCCGCCCCCUCCCUUAGCCAGCCCGGCUGUUCGGGGCGGAGGGCGGGGCGCCAUGGCGGGGGGCGGCCGGAGGAGGCGGCGGCGGCGGCGGGGGGCAGCAGCCUAAAGGGCCGCGAUGGGCGCCGGACACGCCAAGCAGCAGCAGGGCAGCCCGGUUGUUUUUCUUCGACCCGGAUGUCAUUGGGUAUUGCAACGUCAGUAAUCCACAAUUUAUUGUUCUCGACGAUGGUAAUGUCUGGUAAAGGCAGUUCAAGCAUCUCAUCUGACGUGAGUUCAAGUACAGAUUACACACCAACCAAAACGCAAAAGAAUGCAGCCACCAGCGAAGGCCGCUCUGAGGGUGAGCCUGGCUCAGGACGAUUUAAAGCAGCCACGGCUUGGGACCGAGAGAGCUGAGUUGUGGCUAGCCUGGGGUGCGCGUGGCAGUUUUUCCACAGGAAGCUUUGGUGCUGGAGGUUGACUGUGGGAUAUGGUGAGAAAUGGAGAUGGUGAA